UCGGGCUUUUCCGUUUUCCUCCGUAGCUAGUUGUUGCUCGUCUGAGAUCUGAACGAUGAUUGACAAUAAUGGCGACGCGUUCAUCCUAAGUUGACUCCAGGGAACCAUCUCUGGUUGACAAAGUGAACGUCUUGGAUGGAUCGUUCGUGCCAAACACUACACCAUUAAGGAUAAACAGCCACAAACGGAUUACUUUGAUCUCAGCGACAAAGACUUGCUAGCCCAGAUAGGUUUAUCCUGCUAGCACUGCGAUAGUUAGCAACUCGUAUUGCUAGCCUGCUAAGUUGAAGAGGAGGUAUUCUUCUGUGUGGAGUGGAGGAGAGGGACAGGGAGCUUGCUAAGUAGCACGGUCUAGCUAACCCAUAUAUGUAACAACUAAAUGGGUGUUUGUGACAUUUAGUUUCGUAUUAUCGAAGGCAACACCGAUGUGGCACUGGCUUGCAACGUUAACGUUAGCUUGUGGGAGAAGUUGAGUUGUCCAACAGUAUCCUUAGGUUGCUAACUAAGGCAGCAGCAGGCUAGCUUUGUGGAUUGUUCCAGUCUCUUUCCUGUCUGGACUUGCUGCUACCACUUGCGUUUGGAAACUGUCCACCGUCGCACCGUUAACUAAGCUGGCUAGCAAACACUGCUAGCUCGCUACUUUUGUAAGAAUAACUGUGGCAUUGUCGAGAUCUCUUCGUAAAUGACCACCGGCAGGAAUAACCGGGCGAUGAUGGAAGGAGUCGGGGCGAGAGUGGUGCGCGGACCGGACUGGAAGUGGGGGAAGCAGGACGGAGGAGAGGGACAUGUUGGCACCGUCAGGAGUUUUGAAAGUCCAGAAGAGGUGGUUGUUGUCUGGGAUAAUGGGACGGCUGCUAACUACCGUUGUUCUGGAGCAUACGACGUGAGGAUAUUAGACAGUGCACCAACAGGCAUCAAGCACGAUGGAACCAUGUGUGACACCUGCCGUCAACAGCCCAUCAUUGGUAUUCGCUGGAAAUGUGCUGAGUGCACCAAUUACGACCUUUGCACAACCUGUUACCAUGGAGACAAGCAUCACCUGAGACAUCGGUUCUACCGGAUCACCACCCCUGGCAGUGAGAGAGUACUUUUGGAGUCACGGCGCAAGUCGAAGAAAAUCACUGCCCGAGGGAUCUUCACUGGUGGCCGGGUGGUGAGAGGAGUGGACUGGCAGUGGGAGGACCAGGACGGAGGCAAUGGGAGAAGGGGAAAGGUGACAGAGAUCCAGGACUGGAGUGCAGCCAGUCCUCACAGUGCUGCCUACGUUCUGUGGGACAAUGGGGCCAAGAACCUGUACCGUGUUGGCUUUGAGGGAAUGUCGGAUCUGAAAUGUGUCCAAGACGCAAAAGGAGGCUCAUUUUACAGAGACCACUGUCCUGUUUUAGGUGAGCAGAAUGGCAACAGAAAUCCUGGAGGUCUACAGAUUGGAGAUCUGGUCAACAUCGACUUAGACCUUGAGAUUGUCCAGUCCCUCCAACAUGGCCACGGUGGGUGGACUGAUGGCAUGUUUGAGACUCUCACGACCACCGGCACAGUAUGUGGCAUCGAUGAGGAUCACGAUAUUGUGGUUCAGUACCCCAGUGGGAACAGAUGGACGUUCAAUCCAGCAGUGCUGACAAAGGCCAACGUAGUGCGCAGUGGUGAAGUUGCGGCCGGAGCAGAGGGAGGCACUUCCCAGUUCCUAGUGGGAGACCUGGUCCAGAUUUGCUACGACAUCGAUCGCAUCAAGCUGCUGCAGAGAGGCCACGGAGAGUGGGCUGAAGCCAUGCUGCCUACCUUAGGCAAGGUGGGUCGUGUGCAGCAAAUCUACUCUGAUAGUGACCUGAAGGUCGAGGUUUGUGGAACUUCUUGGACGUACAAUCCUGCUGCUGUCACUAAGAUUGCCCCCUCUGGCUCAGCUGUCAGCAACGCCUCUGGAGAGCGUCUGUCUCAGUUGCUGAAGAAACUGUUUGAGACGCAGGAGUCUGGAGACAUCAAUGAGGAGCUUGUCAAGGCGGCAGCCAAUGGGGACCUGGCCAAGGUGGAAGACAUUCUUAAGAGACCGGAUGUGGAUGUGAAUGGACAGUGUGCUGGACACACUGCUAUGCAGGCAGCCAGUCAGAACGGUCACGUGGAUGUCCUAAAGUUGCUGCUUAAACACAGUGUGGACCUGGAAGCUGAGGACAAAGACGGAGACCGUGCGGUGCACCACGCAGCCUUUGGUGAUGAGGGCUCUGUCAUUGAGGUGCUGCAGAGGGGCGGUGCCGACUUGAAUGCCAGGAACAAGCGAAGGCAGACUCCGUUACACAUAGCUGUCAACAAAGGCCACUUGCAGGUGGUCAAAACCCUGCUGGACUUUGGAUGCCACCCCAGCCUCCAGGAUUCAGAGGGAGACACGCCCCUGCAUGAUGCCAUAAGCAAGAAGAGAGAUGACAUGCUAUCGGUGCUGCUGGAGGCCGGUGCUGACGUCACCAUCACUAACAAUAACGGGUUCAAUGCCUUACAUCACGCAGCACUACGUGGGAACCCCAGUGCCAUGCGUGUGUUGCUAUCCAAACUGCCGAGGCCUUGGAUUGUAGAUGAGAAGAAGGACGAUGGUUACACCGCACUGCACCUGGCCGCCCUCAAUAACCACGUGGAGGUGGCGGAGCUGUUAGUGCACCAGGGUAGCGCCAGCUUAGACAUCCAGAAUGUCAACCAGCAGACAGCAUUACACCUGGCAGUGGAACGCCAACACACCCAGAUAGUACGGCUGCUGGUGCGAGCAGAAGCCAAGCUGGAUGUGCAGGACAAGGAUGGGGACACACCACUUCACGAGGCACUGCGUCACCACACACUGUCCCAAUUGCGACAGCUCCAAGAUAUGCAGGAUGUCAGCAAAGUGGAGCCGUGGGAACCCUCAAAGAACACGUUAAUCAUGGGCCUGGGCACCCAGGGGGCAGAGAAGAAGAGUGCAGCAUCCAUCGCCUGCUUCCUGGCAGCUAAUGGAGCAGACCUGACCAUUCGUAACAAGAAGGGCCAGUCCCCUCUAGACCUGUGUCCUGACCCCAGCCUCUGCAAAGCUCUUGCCAAAUGUCACAAAGAAAAGAGCAGUGUCCAGGUGGGCACCCGCAGCCCGUCUCUGAACAGCAACAUCGAGUCACUGGAGGAGUGUAUGGUGUGUUCUGACAUGAAGAGAGACACGCUGUUCGGACCGUGCGGACACAUCGCCACCUGCUCUCUCUGCUCCCCGCGUGUCAAAAAGUGUCUCAUCUGCAAGGAUCAGGUCCAGUCAAGAACCAAGAUUGAGGAGUGUGUAGUCUGCUCUGACAAAAAGGCAGCCGUCUUGUUCCAGCCCUGUGGCCACAUGUGCGCUUGUGAGAACUGUGCCAGCCUCAUGAAGAAAUGCGUACAGUGUCGGGCUGUAGUAGAACGCCGCACUCCCUUCGUUCUGUGCUGUGGAGGGAAAGGUAUGGAGGAUGAUGCCGCUGAUGAUGAUGAUGAUGAUGAUGAUGAUGAUGAUGAUGAUGAUGAUGACCUUACAGGGAGCUCUAACACUUUGGCAGGGGGGUCGCAGGAGCUUCUCCAGCCCAACAAUCUGGCACUAAGUUGGUCCAGUGGAAACAUCCCUGCCCUGCAGAGAGACAAGGACAACACCAACGUCAACGCUGACGUACAGAAGCUGCAGCAGCAGCUCCAAGACAUUAAGGAGCAGACCAUGUGUCCAGUGUGUCUGGACCGACUGAAGAACAUGAUUUUCAUGUGCGGCCACGGCACCUGCCAGCUGUGCGGGGACCGGAUGAGCGAGUGCCCCAUCUGCCGCAAGGCCAUCGAGCGCCGCAUCCUCCUCUAUUAGAUCCCCGCGCAGACUCUCUCACACUUCUCUUAAAGUUCACAGCAACCACACUUGCAAAGCUGCAACCACACCUGCCGCUACUGCUGCUGCUCCCGCUGCCGCCACCGCUGCUCCUCGACCAUCGUCAUGGCGCCCGAGUCAGCCAGCUAAGAACGUCCACAAAUGUCUUAGUCUACACUACAAGUUCUCUCUUAAUGGCUUAUGUUCACACGGAAUUUCUGUUACGAAACACUUCAUCACUUCUGCUAUGGUUUCCUUCCCGCGUGUCACUUUUUCCCCCCCCCCCUCUCAUCGCUGCUCUCUUACUCUUUCUUACCCUCCACUUGUCAUCCCUUACUUUGUUAUUACUUGAUGUGUAAAGCUUCUUUUCUGUGUUGAAAUAUUCAGACUCUUUGAUAUGAACUGAAGGGAGUCGGUCCUGUGCCGGGAUCUGACCCUGAACAACUCUUGAGCACCAGAGUGAAUUCACAAGCGUAGAAAUGGUAAUGUCGGUCUGUUACCUUUGGUGUAAUGUUCUCGUCGAUUUGUCCCUCUUAACGCCAGCUGGAGCAAAGUUUUAUUGUAUUUGUAAACCUUUUCUUCAAGGGUAUUGCUAUCAGACGCUCCUGAUGUGGAUUUUAAGUCAUUACAUUUUCAUGUCAGUAUGACAGCUUUGUGACACAGUUUUCGCCGUUUAAAGGGUUCAGCUGUUUGUUUUUAAGAUUCAUGUCUGUGUUCAGUUUGGCUGUUGUGACACUGUGUGCUGACGCCGUGCAGCCAUGCCGUUCUCGCAUCCGAUGACCACGCGUUGGCGGUUUUGCACUAGAAAAGCUGAAUCAGGGUAAAAAAAAGCAGUUUUUUCCACACUCACUUUCGGAGGUCCGCGUCUGUGCUCGGUGGUAAAACACGGAGCAGUCUGGCGGUCAGGUAGCACGCCACACCCCACUCUGUGUUUACCAAGCUGUAAGAAGAAUGACCGGCGAUGUCGCAACACCCCUUUUUGCUGCCCAUUCAGGAGCCACCGUGUUGGGUUUCAAGACAAACACGCGAGCGUAUUCAGCUUCUGUCCCUUGUUGUACACACAAAUCCACACGAUGCAAGCUUUUCCUGACACGUGCGUCACUUGUCAGUUGUUCUUGUGAAACUGUGUUGAGACCCGGUGUUAUUGUCUGACAAAAAAAAUAAAUAAAAUUCAAUGAGCAUUGCUAAUUAACCAUUGAUUACUAUGUGCCAUUUGCUUCCACAAAUCUACUGGUAAAACAACUUGUAUGGGGAUAAGGAGCUCUUUAUCAUAUAUCUUUUCUAGCUUCUUUUUUUUAAUUUAUGUGCAUUCCCUUUCCCUCAAAUCAACAUUUACUCGGCCACAAAGUACAAUCUGAUGAAAAUGUUGUAAAUUAUUUUGUAUUGCUGCCCAAAAAUAGGAUCUCUAGGUAUCACUGCCUUCCUGAUAUGUAGCCUCAAAAUCUUUCAAACAUUCUGCUUUGAUAUUAAUGUUGAGAUAUGUUUGUGAUGCGUUCUGUUGUUCUCUCUUUCUUUGUGUCUUUGCUUUUUUUUGUCGGCGGUAGCUUUUGUAGAUAGAAAGAUAGAAGCAUUUUACUCUGUAAGGCUAACUUGUUUGUGUGGAACAGAAACAAAAGACUUUUCUGUUGUCUUGACGCGUCGAGUAUCUUGUCACCAGUAUUUUUUUUUCGUUUGGAUGAAAGCUCAUGAUUUUUCUAAAGACAGAAAAUUGCCUUUGCUCUUUUAAAAGGCAGUUGCCCAUGUGGAGGUUGUCUUGCUUGCUCCGCUGAAUGGGAAUUUGCAUCCGCAGGCAUUUUUAUCCCUUUCUCUCUCUUUUUAGGACUGAAAGCUACUUUUUUCUUGAGUACAGUUUUUCUUUCUUUUCACUGAUAACACUUUAAGCUAGAAGCACUAAUUUGCUUAAUGGUAGUGUUGUCUUGUUAUGGUUGUUAUGGGAAAAAAAGAAAAAAGAAGCAUAUUUUGUAUUUUACUUUCCAUCCCUGUAAUUGUCCUGUUGGAAAACCGUAUCCGUGGUAUUUUCUUUGGCAUGAAUGUUUGACAUAUGCAGUACGACAUGUAUCAUGAAAACAGUUCGGUCUGUAUUGCUAAUAAGUGCUUUUAAAAACAACUGUAUAGCUGGAAUAAAGCUCUAAAUGAACCAUGA